AUGAGGGCCACGGCUUUUCACGUACUCAUCGCGUGGCUUGUGGUGCAGGCCGCCGCGCUUGGGCUUCAAGAGAAGCGCUUCCGUAGCCUAGAGAAGAGGGGGGCCCUCAGCCAGUUGGGCCAGCUGCUCGGCCUGGACAACCUGGAGAUUAUUGGCGGCGGCAAUAACAACAACAACGGGGGCGGCGGCAACGGCAACGGCAACCGAGGAGGCAACAGUGGAGGACGGAACGGAGGAGGAGGAGGAGGAGGAGGUAACAACCAAGGAGGCAAUGGCGGUGGUAACAACCAAGGAGGCAAUGGCGGAGGCAACAAUAGGGGCGGCAACGGUGGCGGCGGCAACAACAACAACAGAGGCGGGGGUAACAAUGGCGGCGGCAACGGCGGCGCUGCUCCCGCGACGGUGACGCGAACAAUCGUGCAGACCGUCACCGUGGACAGAGCCGUACCCGGCGGCGGCGGCAACGGCACGUCGGCUCCCCCAAACCCGGUCCUCGGCGCGCCAGCGACAAAGCCUGGAUUUGAAGGGCUUCGUCUCACGACCAUCACGCAAACCGUUCAAGGAAAUGGAACAGGCCCAACCGUCACCCGGACCGUUCAGGGCAACGGACAAGCGUCGACGGUCACCAUCACGGAGCUCGCCAGCACAGUCACCCAGACGGUCACGGCCCCUUGCGCGUCACAGCCGGCCGCUCCUCAGCAGCCCGGGGGGCAGAACCCUCCUGCCCAGCAGCCUCCAAACGAGAACCCGCAGCGCAAUCGCAACUCUGCCACCGCCGUCAUCCCGGCCACGCCAAACGCUGACGGGAACGGGGUCGGGGUCUCCACGGUUCCAAUUCCAGAGUCAGAGAAGCCCACGACGACGUUUGGCGCCGGUGGCCCGCCUGCUCAGUCGUCGGCAGUUAAUCAGGGAGGCGAGGCCGCGUCCUCGUCACAGGCAGCCGCACCUUCCUCACAAGAAGCGGCGCCUAUCGCCCCGAGCCCUUCGUCAAGCACCACACUGGUGCUGCCAACCCCGUCCCCUGCUGCUCCUGCCGAGACCCGCAGUAGUGCUGGAGUUGGGAGCGGCAGCGACAAGAGCGCGAGCACGAGCAGCACGAGCGCUGGGACGAGUACCAGCGCCAGCGCCAGCAGUAGUGCCGCGAGACUGGCCCCGUCCAUAACGCUCGGAGGGCUUCCCGCGGAUGCCUCGGCGCCGCUCGAGUCUGCAAUCACCACGCCGAAUGCUGGCGUAGUUGCGCCCGCGCAGCCAUUGACGAUAUCCGGCCUCUCGCUGAGCAGCCAGCUGGACCUUGGCCCACUUGCUCAAGGGGCACCAUCGGCAACGUCUGCUCGGUGA